AUGCCAACCACGCCCAAAGAAAAAGGCGAUAACAUGGCCACAGCCUACCGGGGCCCCAAACUCCCCAGCGUCUCAGAAGACAUAGUAGUAACAGACGCGCUCAACCUACAAUGCGACGAGCGACUCUGGGUUCCGCAAGCACCAGACGUCUGGUUUCGACCACUAUGCUUCAACGUCUCGCAGGGCUACUUCGUGAACAUCCUGCGCGUGCGCAAAAACGGCAUUCUCUCCCGCCACAGACACACCGGUCCUGUGCACGCGACUGUUCUGCGCGGUGGCUGGCACUACCUUGAGCAUCCGUGGUGGGCUGAGGAGGGCGGAUAUGCUUUCGAGCCACCUGGUGAUAUUCAUACACUUGAGGUUCCUGAGGGUGUGCAGGAAAUGGUUACUUUGUUUCAUGUCACCGGAGCUUAUAUUUAUGUUGAUCCUGAAGGGACGGCGCUGGGAAUUGAGGACGUUUUUAGUAAAUUGGAGGCUGCCAGGAAGCAUUAUGAGGAGGUUGGACUUGGGGCUGGGUUUGUGGAUCAGUUUAUUCGGUAG